AUGGCCACCAAGACCACCAAAAACAACAGUAACCACCAAUUAUUUCCAAUCCAAAGCUUCAAAACUUUUUACAACGUUCCAGCGCCAGCGCCAGCCCCAUCCCACCCCUUCGCUCACAACGACCUCCUCAAAAGCCUCCUCCCCCACCACGGUUACGACUACUCCAUGUUCCACCUCGUCCACCCAGAUGGCAUCAACCACGAGAAUUACCUCGCCAUUGAGCCUGAGCACGCCGACUGGAUCAUCAACGCUCUGUUCAAAAGCGGCGGCGGCAUGAAACCCUACGGCUACGGCUACAACCAACAUGUUGGUAACCGUGCCGAGCCUCCUCCAAGUAGCCACCUGAACCUCGUCGAAAGCGGUCUAACGACCCUCUUCAACGCGCUCCACGAUGUUGCCAGUGAGCUGGACCUCGCCGAGAUGCAGCUCAUUGGGAACGACACUGACAAGGCGGGUGCCGGAUAUCUUUCCCACUUUUGGGAGAAGGUAGUCACCAACCCCAAGUACUCCGGGGCCUGGUUCCAUGUCGACGUCCCUCAGGGGCAUGGACAUGGACAGGGCAAGCCUAUCAACGUCGGUACUACCAAAUGGAAGGUGCCCAAGAGUUGGACCGGCUAUCUUCGUACCAACCCUCCCAUGACCCGAGCUCGAGGCCGUGAAGCCACGGUCCCCUAUCUCUGCUCCAUGUCUCGUCCCAAUCCCGAAGAAGUGCACUACUUCCCCUCCGGGGCUUCCCCGGGUCCCGGAAAAAAGCCCCCCACGACCUUCAACACCACUCCCGGCCUCUCAUCCUCAUCCACCAAUGAAGUUCUCCAUAAAGCUUGCUUAGCCCUGCACUCUCUCACGGCCCUCAUACUCGACGCGCGGGAAUACGUCAUCGAGCGUCCCGGACGCUUCCCCUCUCGUAACCUUCCUUCCAGUGAUCCACUCGUCCUGGCUAUUGACCAGUUCCGAAACUACCUUGAAUCUGUCCCCGGUCUACAAUUCGAGGAGUCCAUCCAGCAGGCCUUCUAUUCCUACCACGCCACCGUCUUCCGGUUGGAGCUUCCCGUUGCGACCGGGCUGUUUGGCGGUAAUGGGACCACCAUGUUCCAGUUCACGCCGGCCCAUGUGUCGAGGGACACGGGGAAGGUCGUGGAUGAAUCGAUCAUGGUGGCCAGUGUGAGCUCGGCAGGAUCGUCGGAUGUGGACGGGGACGAGGACGAGGAGGAUAGAGACUUGUCAUCGGAUACGGAAUCCGAUUACGCUUGUAGUAGUUCUGCUGGGUUUGGUUCGGCCAAGAAGUUUAGGAGAUGA